AAUUUUUUAUAGGGAAAUCUAUAGGGGGAUUUUCCAUUACGUUGGCAAAACAGAUAAGCCCUUGAAAAUAUGUUUUAAAUUUGAUUCAAUUAAUUGUAAUUUUGUUACUGUCUAUAAUUUUAAGUGUUAUCUGAAAUUGCAGUCCCAUUUCCUUGAAAUUUUGAGACACUAUCAUUUGACUAUCCGUUCUGUUGCUACCUUUUGCACUUACGAUCUUAUGACCUUCGAAUCACAUUUUCAGGGGUGUGGAGAAUAAUUAAGCGUGGGUUAAGGUGAUAACACUGCAUAGUUUACUACUUUCCCCUGUCAUUUAACUUUAUGUUCUGCAUAUGUGUAUUUGUUAACUCCAAAAAUAUAGAGCACUUCAUUUGUAGCUGUAGUAUAGUUUUAUGUUAUUUUAUCAGCGAAAGAAAAAUGAACAAGAUAGAACUGUAAAUAUCUUGUACAAGAAUAUUCUAAAGUCCCACAUAGACAGAUAGAUAGAUCUCAGAUAAAUACCAUUCCUUUGCAUGAAAUUUAAGACUGGUAGUCCAAAUAUUCUAAUCUGAGUACAAGUAAGAGUGUAUUUGUGUUGUCCUCAGCUUUUCCAAUUCUCCAAACCUUCCUACUUCCUACUUCCCACUCCAUCCAAUGUAAUUAACUUUCCUGCGAAACUUAUUUGCUUCGUGUUUUGAAAACAUUUCGCCCACAUGUGUACACAGCAGGACAUUUAUAUAGGCUUCCUGAUCGUGGUUACAUGGUAAUUGCGGAAUAGUUUGUCAACCACUGUUUUGCGUUUUGAGUAGCUACAACUUGACAUGUUUCUUCUUAUUGCAGGGAUAUAAAAACAGGAAAAAUGUACAUAGCAAAGGAGUUACCUGACUACAUGAAGUGAACAAUGUGCAAUUAAUAAUUGCGGAUGACUUUGACUGGCAUUGAGAGAUGACCUUUAGUUUUCUCAUUGUGUUUAUUCUGAAAGUCUUAGUGGGCUUUUCAAUGUCAUUCUUCUAUGAAAAAUAAAAGUACAAAUAACGAAUAGAGGGUUUAGAAACUAAUUCAAAGUGCUAAAAUAAAUAUAACUAAUAUUAUUCUAUAAUUUGAGGAUCGUUGUUUCAGCGUUUCCAUCUCCCUCGGCGCCUUUUAGCAGUUUUUUAUUCAAAUUGUCUUUCUGGCCUCUUUUUAACACCUUCGGUUUAUUCUGACUUCUUUGGCAGAAAGUUAAAUUAAUUCUUGUGUUUCACUGUUAGGUUUAGUUUAACCCUACGCCUAUAAGAGGGGCAACAUCAAAUUUCUUUUCGAGCAUAAUAAAUGCCAUAUUUGUAAUAAUUAUUAAAAUUUAAAAUUGGUCAAAAAUUUUACAAUCCAUCACAUGUCAUUUAUUAACUAUUUAAACUAUGAUAUUUUUUAUACCCAAAUUUUAGGAAUUGUAAUUUAUAAAUAUUAUAUAUAUUAAUACACUAAGUUUGUGUGUUUGUAUGGGCAAUGUGCAUAUUUCUCUCUAAAAAACAGGCGAAUAAUCUAUAUCCUAAUUGCUAAGUGACAAAUUAUCUCUUUUGACUCGACGUCAUUGCUCUUAUAAUUUUGUGGACAAAUAAAUUAAAAGCGUGUUAAAAACUAAAACCACAUCAUCCUAUUCAUUUUAUUGAUCAACGCUUCAAGCUCUACUCAAUUACAGCAACGGUAAAUAAAUUUCUGCAUAAACUGGAUGAUGACGUCAUCAAAGUUUAUUUUAUCCCUUUAUGUCUUCUGAACUCGUCUGACUCGUCGAAAGCACGUGAUCAUCAGGAUUUAUUUCUUCGUGCUAAGUAAGGACGAAAUAGUGAUGCUCGGGAUAAGUACGACGGACGAUAAUCGAAGUACCGAAGUAUGUAAGACGGGCGACCGAGAAAUUGGCUUAAUUUUGGUCGAAAAAAGCUUCAAGUUACCCAAGUCAGAAUUUACGUCAAAUAUUUUCACCCAACAUGGUACCCAGGGCAUCUUGUAUCUUUUCUUACAUCGUGACGACGCCGAAAGAGACAACAGGCGCUUGAAACGAGGUUGAUUUUCAGCGAUUCCUAGAUCACUUUACACACGUAUGGAACCGAUAAGUUGUCAAAUAAUGCUUAUAAAUAAAUUAGUGAGAAUAUUAUAACUUUUAUCGACGGACUAAUAUAGCUUGUAUAAAAAUUUAAUGGCGAAAAAAUUUUGUUAUUGUUUUAUCAAUAAUACCUGCGGAAAAAUUUGUGAAUUAGUGGGAAUGUUAUAAUUUUUAGUGACGCCUCAUGGCUUGCAUAAAAAUUAUAUUAGUGAUAAAAUAUUUUUAUCGUUUAACAUACAUGUAAAAAUUAUAAAUUAUUGAGAGUAUUUUAAUUUUUUGCGGUCCUAUAGCUUGCAUGAAAAAUUUAAUGGUGAUAAAAUAUUGGGAUCGUUUUAUUAAUAUUACCUGUAAAAUUUAAGACGAUUAAAAAAUAAUUUAUUAUAGUUGCUUUAAUAUGAUGUAUGUUGCUUUCAUAUAAUGGCAAACAUAAGCGGCUUGUUUUUACAACUAGUGUCACUGUUAACUGUUACAAAAAUUUACUGUGAAUAUGGCAGUUUUACCACCAUAACUGUUGAAGAAAUUAAUGAAGAAAAUAUAUAUGCACAAUUUAAAGGGACAACAUUAACAUCAUGUGUCCUUCGUUGCCAAAGAAGUCCAGAUUGUGAUCGAGUUGCAUAUAAGUAUGAAAGUACAACAGAAGACUUUAUAACAUGUUACCUCAUUGAAAAUGGCGCAACUGAUAGCAAUUCAAAUAUGAUAACAAUGCACGUUGUAACACCAGUUCUCUCCACGCGCAAUGACGUAAACGUUUCAAGUGUGAAAGCAACUGAUCAAGACACGGAAACAUCUACUUGUACUGAAGAUUCAGCAUACGUGGUAACGUUUACGCAACGCUCCAUUGAUGUACCCGUCGUUACCAAAACAUUGAGAUAUGUGGAUUUUAUCACUGUAACAGCGUGGAUUAAAGUUGAUAAAUUACCAGAUACGCAACUUACAUGCCCUUUUGUUGUGUCCUUUCUACCCCCUAGCAGCAGCUAUUGCAAUGAUGUCAGUGUUGCAAUGUCCGCAUUUUCAUCAGGACUUCUAGGAUACACUUAUCCUGCUGAGACAGUUAAUUUGGAAUCAAAAAAUAGCCUGCAUGAAUGGGUGCAUGUGGCCAUCUUAUACGAUGGAACGAGAAACAUCCAAGAUUAUUUCAUCAACGGCACAAAGACAAAACGCAUGAUAUGGUCAGGGAUUAAAACAAGAACACUUGAUCAGAUCAGAGUUGUAAUUGGUAAUGAUGCUGAUCGGAGCAAUGAUAUAUGUGUGAUCGAUGCAGCUAAUCAAGGCCUGCUUGGUAGCGUGGCGCAUUUAUACGUAUGGAAAAGAUUAUUGUCUCUUGAUGAAAUUACAGCGGCUUAUACCAAUGAGCCAAACACUACUGAUGCUAUUGUAUUAUGGCAGGAAUUUCGUUCCAAGGUCAACAACGCGACCAGCAUAAUAGAGCCCUUUCCAUUGUGUUAAAAGCAAAUUUAAGGAAUUAUUAUGAUUUGAAUUAA